AUGUCCAUGCAGCUCCAUUUCGCCUUCUCCUCCAACAUCACCGGAGCGGCCAUGUUUGCCGGAAGGCCAUACUUCUGUGCCGGUACGGGAACCCCAGAGGAAUUAGAGCGGUGCGCGAAUCUGGACUUCAGCGUGAACGAGCUCUUCGGAGCUGUUUACGAUUUCUACCAAGCUGGCCACAUCGACGCCCCCGCCAAUCUGGCCGACGAUCGGGUCUUCAUCUUCACGGGCACCCUCGACUGGCUUAACGGUCACGGAUUCUACAAUCGAGACAUGUAUAAAAACUUCGUGAGCGAAAGAAACGUGGCCUCUGAGCUCGGGAUGGAAGCCAUGCAUUGCUAUCCGACAGAGGAUUUUGGACCGGACUGCAACCAAGACAAGUUCCCAUUCAUCUGCGACUGCGAUUACUACGGCGCAUUCGAAGCAUUGAAUUGGCUCUACCGGGAAGCCCUGAUUCGACCCGCCCCUUUCAUGGAUUUGGAGGGCACUUACGCCUUCUUCGAUCAAACCGAGUUCUUCGACCCCGAGAGGCCCGAUUUCGCGAGCAUGGAUGAGAAGGGAUUCAUCUACAUCCCGGAGACCCUGGCAGGAAUAUUCCCGACGGGGUCGGGAUACAUGGAGGUAGCGGAAAUGAAUGACAUCAUUAUCCUGUUUCCCCAAACCAUACGGAGCGAGACAGAACCUAUGAAUCCGAAUGGCUGCUGGGACUUCCUUGGCUUCACUGGCCCCAAUUAUGUCUGGAAGGAUGGAGUACAAAUGAUGAUCCUUAAGAAGAUGAUCGACAGAAUUGUUUACGGAGUCUGA